UCAUAAUAAUUCUCGGGAUCGGGUUUAGUUUCACAAGUCAACAAACAACAUGGACGGAAGUUUGGCGCCAGUUGAAAAAUCAAGUGAAGAUGUGUUAUCUAUGGUUGACGUCCUAAAGGAGGAAGCUGAACUAGAAGAUGAGGCUAAUGCGGUACUAGGAGACAGUGAUGAUCAGAACUGCACUUAUCCACGUGGUUAUGUAUCCCGACAGGCUUUGUACGCCUGUGCUACUUGUGCACCAGCAAGUCCAGCAGGAGUGUGUUUGGCUUGCAGUCUUGAAUGCCACGAGGGGCAUGAGCUAUUUGAAUUAUAUACAAAAAGGAAUUUCCGCUGUGAUUGUGGAAACAGUAAAUUUCCAGGAACAGCUUGCAAGUUAUAUUCUGAGAAAGAUGCUACAAAUUCACAGAACGUUUACAAUCAGAACUUUAAGGGACUUUACUGUAUUUGUCAUCGACCAUAUCCUGACCCAGAAGAUGAGAUUGAAGAUGAGAUGAUUCAGUGUGUGAUUUGUGAAGACUGGUAUCACGGAAGACAUUUGGGUGUUGAAACUCUGCCUUCCAGUGAGAGCUACACUGAGGUGGUGUGUGCAGAUUGUAUGAAGAAACACGACUUCCUGUGGGCUUACUCUGUACAGAGUCUAGAUACAAAGUGUUUGGUGACAGAGGAUACAUCUGCAGAGGUUAAUGUGGAAGAAACUUCUCCAAACAAAAAAGAAAACCUGGAAGAUACUUGCUCUGAUCAGGGAACAAGUAAAAGCACACAAAAUGACAGCCACUGUCUCCUGAAGGAUAUACAGACAAGAGAUGUAACUUUUAAGGACUCGGGGACAUUCUGGCAGGAUGGUUGGAGGAAAAAGCUUUGUAAAUGUGCAGAUUGUGUGGUAAUGUACAAAGAAAGAGCCCUUGGAUUUCUGAUUGACGAAUCAGACACUGUACAUAAAUAUGAAGAGCGAGGCAGGGACAAGGCUGUUUCCUCCUCUCAGUAUGACAAGGGGCUCCAGGCUUUAUCCUCCAUGGACAGGGUACAGCAAGUCGAGGUUCUUCAUGGCUUCAAUGACUUGAAGUCAGAGCUAACAGAUUAUUUGAAAAAGUUUGCUGAAAAUGGAAAGGUUGUAAGAGAGGAGGACAUUCGAGAGUUUUUCUCUGGAAUGGAGGCCAGAAAGCGACAAAGGGCCACAGGACCAAUUCCUUACAUGUGCAAAUGAGACUUAACAAGCUUUAUAAUCAGGUCUCAGUAUUUCAUAGACAGACAAAGAAGGUUUUAUUCUGUUUAUAUUUAUGCCCUUUCAAACAAAGAUGCAAAGGCAGAAAAUGUGAAAAUGAUUUUUUUACCAGAAAUUUUGAACAGGUAGUGCAAGGGCUUUCUUUUGUUUACUUCUUGUGAUAUGAACUUCUGAUGGGAACCAACAGUUUUGUCCUUUGAGUUUUAUCUCAUUUAAUGCUUUCACCUUGGACACUAUUUUUGAAUGAUUAUCUAUGGCUUUCACAUUUCACACAUAUACAUGUAUUCCAUGUUAAAAGAGCUCUUGGGUACCAAGUUUUACCUUUUGACCUUGAUGUUUGACCUCCUUUUGAAAAAUUUUAACUUGACCGUAAGUUUUGAAUGGUAGGUCCUAGGUGCCAGAGCAAUAAUAUUUCAAAUGUAUUGUCUUUGUUUCAAGCAGUUCGUUUGUGUACCAACAGUUUUUGACCGUUGGACCUUGAUAUUGGAGUUUAACCCAAUUUUGAAGAACUUUUAACCUUGGUCAUCAAUAUCUGAAUGGUUAAUGCAAGGGCUCUUUUAUUUCACAGGCACAUCCUUGUAGAAAGACCUUUCUUUAGGUAACAACUGUUCUGAUGUUUUGUUCUAGAUUGACUUGCAUAUGAACUUGAAUCUUUUCCCUUAGCUGUGAUACAGGGACCUUUGUGUUUCACGAACAUGUCUUAUUUUUAAAGAAGUUUUUUGGUUGAUUUUUUGUACAAGCUAGUCCUAUCAAACUUUAACUCCCACUCAUUUUUCAAAUCAGAUAUAUCUGAAAUGAGAUUUAGGUUACUUAUAGUCACUUGCUUUCAUAUACAUGUACAUUUUGUAUACUGUAGAAUCAUUAGGACAGAUGUGUGUGGAUUAUGUGGGUCACCUUUUUCCAAGAAUUUACAUCCCCAUAAAGAAUUAUUUUUUCAACAUAUGUAUACAUUUAAUCUCAUGUACAUUCAAGACAGCCACCAAAAUUACACCCCAGUGAACCAAUGAAAUUUUGCAUGCCCGUGAACAUUGACCCCUAAGAAUUCAAAAUGAUUCCACAGUAAGUGAUAAUGUUAGUAUUGUAGGUUCAUUCACAAAGAAUUAUAAGCAAAGUUUCGACCAUACUUGCAUGGAAACUGGGGAUCUGCAAUAUUCCAUAUUCCUCUUACCAGUUAUCCAGUAUUUUCUUUGAGCCACAUGGAAAAUUAUUAUGUACACAUUUACCAAAUUGAGUCAUGGGAAUUGUGUAACAUGUAUAUUGAAUUGGUGAUCAGUGGAUAAGUUGUAACUGAAAUCAAUGUAUACAAUCAAUUACAUAAUCUACAGAUUGUGAAUACAUUAUCCAGUAUUCAAAACGAUUUUGAUAGAGGCAAGGCCUCACUUAUUUCUUACUGAAGAUGAGAGGGGUAAAGACAGUAUAAUUUUAAAUUUUAUUUUUGUCUUGUCUUGAGAUGUAUAUUUAGUUACAAGUUACAAGAAAGCUUUUAGUAUGAUGUUGUGUAUUUAUAUAAUUCUCUUUUUUAAAAAAUUAAUGAAUAAAUGUGGAAAGUAA